AGGUUAGUUCUUGGGUAACCUGGCUGAUUCUUGCUGCAGGAUCCAUGGAGGAGAAACGUGAAGUCUUUUCUCACUUGGUGCACAUAGCAAAGUGCUGCUGGAACAUGGGCAAUUACAAUGCUGUGAUGGAAUUCCUGGCAGGGCUCAGGUCACGAAAAGUGUUGAAAAUGUGGCAAUUCAUGGAUCAAAAUGAUAUUGAAACUAUGAGAAGCUUGAAAGAUGCCAUGGCUCAACAUGAAUCUUCAUCUGAGUACAGAAAAGUAGUGAACAGAGCACUGAAUAUACCUGGUUGUAAAGUGGUUCCUUUUUGUGGGGUG